CCACGCCCCGCUUCCUCCCCUUGGCCGUACUGUGUGCCACCUCCGCCCUGCUCUACAUUUCCUGGACCGCGGCACAGGACCUUCCAGCCUUGGUCCCCCAGGGAGCCUCGGAGCUGAAUGUGACCUUUGACCCCGGGACCUGGACGCUGCAGUGGAGCUGCAGGGACAACGUGAUCGUGGAGAGAUGCACUGCGACAGACAUCGGGAGGAACGGGAGACCCAGGCCCCGGAGGAUGAAGCCCCGUGACUGCCGCUGCAAAUUCAUGCCCCUGACCCUUCACCUUGGGGUCACGCUCGAGGUCAAUGCAAAUGUCAAUCACAGGCCAGUGACUGAGAAGCUGUAUUACCUCAACCCAGGCGCAGAGGGGUCAGCGGCGCAGAACGUCACUUGUUUCAUCCAUGAUGCAGGUGUGAUGACAUGCCUCUGGGGGGCGGGGCCUGCAGCCCCACGUGAUGUCCAGUACUUCCUGCAUAUCCGGGAUACCAAUGGUCAUGUGUUGAUGGGAUGCCCCACCUACCUGGGAGGUCACCUGCACACAGGCUGCCGCCUGGACAAUCUGACACUGUUGCCACAACACAUGCACCUGACCGUGACCGGAUCUAGCCAGAUGGCCGACGUCAUGUUCUACGAUGUAAUGCUGAACACCAAGCUCAUCGAGCGUCUAAGUCCCCCGGAUAAUAUCACUGUGGUUUGUAACUCCUCCCACUGUGCGGUCACGUGGUCCCAGCCGCGGACCUGGGCUCCCAUGACCUUCUCCGACUUCCGGUACCAGCUGGACAUCCAGAGGCAGAACCCGGAACCCGGAAGUCCCAACCCCAAGGUGUGCAUCUCCAGUGAGGAGGAGAACAGAUACGAGUUCCCAAGCCCAGAGCCGAGGCCGGGUCAUGUGCUCAGCAUGCGUGGGGACGUGCGCAGCGAGCGGUGGAGCGUGUGGAGUCCGCCUGUGGAAUUCGGCUCCGAAGAGCACGUGGUGGCCCGGUUACACGUGUAUGUGACAGUGGUGACUGUGACCCUGCUGUGUGCACUGGGCCUGGGGCUGGCAUGUAAGAGGUUCAUCAGGAUCCAGAGACUCUUCCCCCAGAUCCCAGAAAUCAAGGACAAAGUCACGGAUGACGACAGGGUCAACCCAGAGACCCUGAGGAAGGAUUUGCUGCUGCAGAUGGACUCGACGGACGAGAUGGUGCUGUCAGCAGGGAGUGUCUCCGCCAUCGCGGUCCCGUCGUGACCUGAGUCAGCACUGGGUUCCAGUGUAGACUACUCUCACGUGUGACUCUUUAACUCAAUGAAAAGUGAAUGUCAGCAGA